AGCGCUGACCGCCAGCCGCCUCCGAACUAUUUCCUGUUGCUGCAGCGUUAAUGCUGAACAGACCUUUCCCUCUUCCCUCCCUCCAGCCAAAGUGCGGCGGCUCCUGCCUUCCCACCCCGCAUCCUGAUGCCGAGCACGUGCCACCCCCGGAGACACUGAGCGCAGCGGGCACGGGAUGGAGAGCCGCAGGCGGGACAUGGAGCUGCUGAGCAACAGCAUGGCCGCAUACGCGCACAUCCGAGCCCACCCCGAGAGCUUCGGGCUCUACUUCGUGCUGGGCAUCUGCUUCGGGCUGGUGCUGACCCUGUGCCUGCUGGUGCUGCGUCUCUCCUGCCAGCCCUACCCGCGCCCCCCGCCGCGCCCAAGGGACCUCAGCGAGGACGAGGAGGAUGAUGACGAGGAUGAGGAUGAGGAAGAGGAGGACACCGUCGACCGAGCGGCAUCCGAGUCACUGCUGCCGGUGACCGAGAUCCCGUUGGAGAGUCACGGCCCCGGGGACGGGGCGCUGGCCGUCAAUGUCUUCGCCUCGGCGGAGGAGCUGGAGCGGGCGCAGCGGCUGGAGGAGCGUGAGCGCAUCAUCCGCGAGAUCUGGCGCAACGGGCAGCCCGACAUCCUGGGCACCGGCACCCUGGGCCGUGUCCACUAUUACUGAGCCCCAGCGUGGGGCAGCUGCCCCAGCGCUGUGCCUGGCUGCCCCCCAGCGCCGUGCCGCCCCCGGGAGCUGCCUAGGACCCGCUCUGGGGCCAGGAGACAGGGAGGACGGGGGGGAGGGGGCUGCACACUGCCCCUGGGCUGGAGGAGCCACCCAGACCCUGGUGCCACGGGCACCCCCAGGGCCAGACUUGCCCCCGCCGCAGCGGGACACGAUGCACUUUGAGCCAUUGGUACGAUUGUUGGCACCAGCCCAGCAGCCCCGGGACGCUGCAGGGACGAGGACAAGGACAGGGCAGACCUUGCCAGGCUCAGCUGCGGGUGCUGGCCCCGCUGGCUCAGCACCGGAGCGAUGCCCAUCCCCAUGGGUCGCGGCCGGGCUGUACAUCUGUGUAAGCUGUGGGGUCCUGCCCCAGAAACAUGGUGCUGUUACACCCUA